AUGCAUCCUAAAACCCCUUCGAAUCAGGUGAGUGGAACCACUGCAAGCAAAGAUAAAAACUCUACAUGGACACCUCGUCGAUUGAAUGACACACUGUAUUUCCACUUCAAAGGCUUCUCCACCAUAGAGAAUCUGGAGGAGUACACAGGGCUGAAGUGUCUCUGGCUGGAGUGCAACGGACUGCAGCGCAUCCAGAACCUGCAGGCCCAAACGGACCUACGCUGCCUCUUCCUCCACCAGAACCUCAUACACAAUCUGGAGAACUUAGAACCACUCAGCAAGCUCUGCACCCUCAAUGUCUGCAACAACUACAUACACACCAUCGAAAACAUUGCCUGCCUGCCUGAUCUGGGCACCCUGCAGAUAGCCCAUAAUAAGCUGCAGACAGUGGGAGACGUGGAGCAUCUGAGUCAGUGCCUCUCCCUCAGUGUGCUGGACAUGUCCCACAACCUGCUGGAUGACCCAGACAUCCUCACUGUGCUGGAGAGAAUGCCGGAACUGCGCGUGCUGAACCUGAUGGGAAAUGAAGUGAUAAAGAAAAUCCCAUACUACAGGAAGACUAUGAUCAUACGUCUKAAACAGCUCACGUACCUGGAUGACCGACCUGUGUUCCCAAAGGACAGGGCGUGUGCGGAGGCGUGGGGGACAGCGGGUCCGGAGGGGGAGCGCAGGGAGAGGGAAUCAUGGCAAACACGAGAGAGAAGGAAGAUCCAGGACAGUCUGGACGCCAUGGCAACCAUCAGAGACCAAGCCAUGGAAGAAGAGAUUCUGCUGCGAGAUCUCCCUGACCUGGAGGAUGUGGAUGUUGAAGAUCCAGACAGCAUCUGCAUCUUCUCCUCUCAGCGAGUAUUCCGGCCAAUGAUAGAGAUCGUUUCAGGAGACAACAACGAUGUAGAUCCAAUCAUACAUCAGAGUGGGACAGUGUGGACCACAGAGACCACACCUACCCCAGGUCCAUGCUCAUCUUCACUGUUCAGGGUCUGUGACAAAACGUCAAACAAAUCGCCCACCAAUCACCUAGUAGCAUUGGACCCAGAGGCGGGGGAUGCCCCAGAGCUGGUGAUAUCAGAACCUCAGGGAGAACCCAGACAGAGGCAGAGCCCUGAAGCCAGCAAACCAGGUUGUCUCAUUGAGGAGCUGGACUAA